AUGUGCUUGAUCGUCUUCCUGGGUGAAAUAGCAGCCAUUUCUGGAGGAAGCAAAAGAAAGGAACAAAGAGAUGUAAUUUUGAAAGAACUUGUUGAGAUAUGGCAGAAAGGUGCAGACUGGCACCCACGCACAGACCGAACAUCUCCAGAGAGAAGUCAGGAUCAGCAAAUCCAUUCAGUCCUGAGAAGUAUUGCUGGAGGCCUUAAAUCGCUGGGGCUCUUGCCCAAGCAAGCUAUGGGCCUUCCAACUCUUAACAAACCCCUUGAUGGAAACAGACUCUCAGGAUUUCUUUAUAACAUUUCCAUGUACCUCCAGGAGAUGAGUGCUGAGCUGGACGAACAUCAGGAGCCUUUCAACAAUGACCUGUUUUGGGAGAACUUGUUGUAUGCUUUCUUUCAGCCUGAUGAUAGAGCACCAUUUGUACAAUGGGAGGGAAGGGUUCCUCCCAGGCCAAGCUUCAGGCUACAGGACCUCUUCUUCUCUCUAAGAGGCAGUCCACACUGGGAUGGAUUACUAGGUCUGGUACAGAGUAUCCUGACCUUUGUAGAGAGACAGCCACAGAGACCUAUUCUUACGUUUGUGUCCCAGAACUGGAAGACCAUCAGUGCCUUGCUUGAAGCUGCCCUGCAAGCUCUUGUCAGUGGGACCUAUGGGCAAGCCAGUGCAGGUCUCCAGGGAGUUAUCUGUGUCCUGAAAGGGCGAAAUGAUUGUGCUUUCAACUUGAGCUGGCUGCAGCAGCUCCUUUCAUUUCUGGAGACGAGGAAUUGGAAACCCGUAGUAAAUGUGCACCCUGUAAGCGUCGUCAGCGAUCCCAGGGAAGGCUCUCCUUCCACAGGACGCUUGAAGCCAUUUUUCAUUCCACCGGAGGUCUUACACGAGGAGAACCUGCACUCCAGCAAUGCCUCUCAUGAUGUGGGGAGCCUUAGUUCCAUGCAAACCAUACUUUUGCAGGCCUUGUCGAGGUCCAGUGUUGGAGAGAGGGCAGUGCAGUUUGCUGAGCAUAACCCUGCGCUCCUUCAGGGCCUUGAUGGGCUCAGACAUGGAUUCCUGCACAGACUGGGCAGCACUGUGUACAGUAACUUGAAGAGGAAGGUGUCACGGGUGACCACAGCAUUGCUGGAUGAUCUUGAGAGAAUGGCGGGGGAUCCAGUGUCCAGUCACCAGGGAAGAUGCUCUGUGGGUGACUUGAGACAAUUGAUUUUGUGGGGUAUUAGACAUAAUCUGACAUGGAAUGCUCAAGCUAUGGGAUUCACCUCACAAGGUUUACCAAGUAGACCAUCUUUCAUGUUCUGUGGGUCUUCUGAGGAAGAAAAAAACAAUACAACAUAUCAGCCCUCAUCUAAAAGAUCUAGACUUCUCCAUCCUCAGCCAACAGACCACAAUCAAACAGAUACUACAGACAUCUCAGCAGAAAUCCUGGAGGCUGCAUGCAAUGCCUCAAUACCUGGACUCACUGGAGUUUCAAACUUCACUGUCUUCCUCUACUGUACUCUUUUUGAUGGAAUUGAGGCCACACUAGACCCUGGGACUGGCCACAUAGUGCCUGAUCUGCAUGCUAGCUGUUCUAAUGCAGCUUGGUAUCUCUCUGCUGCGGAGGAAGAUUUUCUCUGGGUACAUGUGUGCAGUGAAUUCUUUGCACAAGAGUUCAAUAAUACAGUAUGUGCCAACUCCUCCUUCUGGCUUCAGAGAGCCCAUCAGGCUGCUAUUAUGAAGGAUCACUAUUACCUCAACCAGUCAAGCAUUGAUGACCUUUGCCUUCAACUUUCCAUGGAUGUUUCCAGAAGUUCUGCAAGUGAUGCAUCUGAGGACUGCUUAGCAUUGCUUAGCACUGGCUCUCUGAGUGCCCAUGAUUUCAGGAGUUGUUUUCUGCCCAACAAUUCUGUGCUGAUUUCAGCCUUGUGCGGCAACGCAUCCUCACCUUUGCCCCGCAGUGGCUGGGCAUUGGAAUACUGUUCUAAAGCCCUGCCCACAGACUCCCAAGCCUCCAAAGACAGGCUUUGUGACUUCUCAAAAUGGACAGCAGAACAUUUAGCCAAUUCAAGCAUCCUUGGGUUCUGUGGUGACACAGCAGGUCUGAGGGAUUACAUCUGCAAGAACAUGACUCGCUACCUCAUGCUGGUUCGUGUGCAGCCCUCGCUAUCAGAAUACUGCAGCACUGCAGGACAAAGACAGUGUGUCCUCCAGCAACUGUUCGACAUGCUGCCUGCCCCAUAUGACUUUGACACAUCUCAGCUCUGCAGGAACCCAAUUCCUAUCCUGCAGGAGGCCCUGUACAAGCUGAGCCUGUGCGAGGGCUUCAUGGACGAGCAUACGGGCUGGCUGGCCACUGUGAGCUAUGUGCUCCAUGUGCUGGACUUUAUGGUGGGGCUGUCGGCUGGGCUGGAAGAGGGGGAGCAAGAGGUACGGCAGGGCCUUGGCCAAGCGAUUCUUCUCUCCAGUCUCCUGGACAAUGCCUCCUUCUGGGCAACCCUGAGGCCAGACGCAUCCGAUAGCGUGCUCCAGACUGUUAGCAUCUUUCUUCGACGAGAGCGGAAUCCGGCUCUCAAGGAGGAUCUCCUAGGGUGUUUUAGCCCCGUCCUUUGGGAUCUCAUUCAGAAGGAAGAUAACUCCACUGCACUGAGAUUUCUAAUGCAGGAAUAUAUGCAGAUGCCAAGUGACAGGAUACGUAGCCUUGUGCUGUCUGCAGAAAGUGAUGCAGUGAAAAGGUUCCUGUCUCUUGUCCAUCAGACCUGGGACCAAAUACACGUAGAGACGACACAGGCUUCACCAAAAGAACAGGAGGCUAUGGAGACUAUGACUGCAGCAUUCAUCCACAAAUUCCCACAUGUUACACCAGAACUGUUUGUUGACCUCUCACAGUUCAUACCAUACAUGGCUGUAUCUGACAUAAUGUUCCUCCCUGCAUCACUGAUGACCAACGACAGUGUGUUGAUAGCUAUUCGUGAUCACAGCUCUGAGAUGAAGUCUCCUCAGAAGCAAGCUUUUGCAAAACGCCUCUUGCAGUCAAAUGUGGUAGGAGAUGUUCCUUCCUGGCCACCAUACUUCCUCACCUCCAUUCUUCCCCUGCUCCCACACCUCCCCAUUAGCCACUUCCAGCAGCUGACAUCUCAGCAGCUCAGCCCCCUGGUGGAAUUGUUGGCAAAUAGCAGCCUGGAUGCCACAAGGGGGCACCAUGUGCUUCGCACUCUGUUCAGCAAAAGGAAGAAUCUCACAAGUGAUGCAAUAAUGAGGUUAGGCAUCCUAAUGUGUUACCUGAAUUCAGAGGAAUUACAUCGUUUCCUAUCUACAUCACCUGUCUCACCUGCCCUGUGGCAACAGCUUGCAAAAUGUAUUUCUGAAGGCCAUGUCAGCAGCACUGGCAGACUUUCCCAUUGGCUGGGCAUUGCCUUUAAAUCUCUGAAUGCCAGCAUCUUGUCUACCCCGGUACUGGCCUCUCUGCAUGGGGUGUUACCCCAGCUGGGUGUCUCAUUUCUGCAGUCACUGUCCUCACCUGAGCUUUUGGCACUCUUCACUCUGCCUGGUAUACCUGUUUUUCCACCCGCACAGGCAUUCCAGAUUUUGAGCAAAAUAUCCCAAGAAACAAAUAUCAGUGCCAACACACUGUGCCAGCUCAGGCCUUUGUUUCCGGGUUUGGCUCCUACCUUCCUUAGAAACAUGACUGUACAUGAAUCAGUGGAAAGCCCUGACUGUGAGUGUUGGAGCUCUCUGCUGACUGACCUGCAGCCUGCCCAUCGGGCAAUGGUACACAGAGCUCUGGAACAGGCUCUGGCUCGUUUAUCGGCAAACAUCACACUGUAUCUUGAGUGCCUUUUACCAAUCGUUCCUCUGAAAACACUGGCCACGGAACUUGAUGGACACACAAUUAGGCGUCAUAUAUCUUUGUACAGGAACAUGCGCUGGGCACCUCAGCAGGCACAGCUGCUAUUCAACAUGAUUCAGCAGUCUGGAAGCAUUACAAGAGAAGUAGUACUUCAUUUAGGUCACAUUGCAAGUGGUAUGAGUUGUUUUAGGCUACGACUUUGGGCCAACGAGUCAGGCUUUUCCGAACUGCUGCAGUUUAUUGCAGAAUUGCCAGGAGGACUGAUGCCAGCAUUGAGGAAAUGUGUAGUGGAGGAGCUUAGGAGAAAAGCGAAUGUGGAUCUGAAUAGCUUCAGCCCAUCAUUUACUGCAGGAUUACCAGUGACGAUGAUGGAACGCCUGUCCAACACCUCACUCAUGGCCGUCCUGAAUCACAUUCGACGACACUUUAUUGAUUUCCUGUGGCUUCCACGACACAAGCAGAUGGCCUUGGCUGAGAAAGCUAUUGAUGUUCUUGGUAUUUCUAAGGGCCAUCUCUCUGGAGCCUCCUUGGACAUGCUGGGUCCCCUCCUGCUGUUCUUGGAUAUGGAGACACUGGCGCAGGUGGACAGGGAGGCCCUGAAGUUGCGAUUGGAAGAUAUCAGACAAUAUUGCAUGCCUUCAGACUCCUUCAGAGAAAUGGCUACUCUGCUUACACAGAAGAGAAUGCUGGGUGAGACAAAGCAAUGGACAGUAGGAGAUGUGGAACACAUAGGGCGGCUGGUGUUUGCCCUGUCACCCCAGCAGAUACGAUCUCUGCCUCUGGAUGAUUUAGGCAAAGACACAGUCGAGCAAGUUCUGCAGAGUCAGUUCCAGUGGAAAAACACAGUGCUCGGUAAAGCAUGUGCCGACCUGAAAGGACUCAAAGACAAGAUCUACAGCCUCGUUCACAAAAUCAUCAAGGGGCAGAGGUGGACGAGACGAGAGCCGACCCCGAGCUGCGCGGAUGUCAAAGGGACCUUCCCCUCAGCCUGGCGCUGGUACCAGCUCAAACGCAUGAAGAGAAAGGAGCUGGAGGAAUGCGCUGAGUUCAUGGGUCAGGAUGGCACGCUCGAUUCUGAGCAGCGUAGGGUGCUGUGGGAGGAACUCAGGCUGAUUUAUAAGCCUGUGAGGACACUCAGGCCGGAGCAGUUUCUUGAGCUAGGCUGCAUCGUGACUGAGAUGGGUGAGAGGGAGCUGCAGAUUGCCAACUUGUCUAACUUGGCCGUGGUGGCUCAUCUUGGUAGCUUUAACGGGUGGAAAUCAAAGAAAAUGAGAGCAGCUCUUCAGGGAGUCAUGCGACGUUGGAAACAGAAGCCGAAAGACCUUGGAGUGGUAGAACUGGUUUCUCUUGGCCACCUGCUUUGUGGCUUCAGCACUGAAGAAAUCUUCCAACUAGACCCUACCCAACUUAGUGUGGCAGCUUCAUUCCUGAGGGAGAUGGUACUGCCAUGCUCUGAGGAGCAGGCUGAAGCCCUCGCAGCCAAGCUUGCCAGUCCUCUGGGCUUUGGUCCAGUUAGCACCUGGGGUGCUGAGGUCUUCACUGAGAUUGGGACUCUGGCAGCUGGAUUGGAGGACAUGGUGGUGUCUUCCCUUGUAAAGGAACAAAUAGAAGGAUUGACUCCAUCAGCCAUAGCACUAAUAUCCCCCAGAAAGAUGACUGUAGUGCUCAGUGCUACCCAACUGUCCUGGUUCAACCCUGAGCAGGCAUGUGCAGUUACAGAGGAGCAAUGGGAAGAUAUGAGCAGUGAACAGAGGCAGGCCCUGAGCAUGGCACAAUUUGAAGGCGACAUGAUGUUCGGACACAGAGGCAGGAAUGAAGCCCCUUCGGUAUGGUUUGCUGACAGCUUCAGAGUGUGCCCAUUGUUUUUACUCUGUACUCUGUUGCCUUUAUUAUAAAUACCAACAAGAGUGCAACUCUUUCAUAUUUAUUUG